AUGUCUUUCGAUUGUGCGCAGUUCUCAAAUUUGUUACAGAAAAAUGCUGUUUUAGCUUUAGUUAGUUCUGAAUUGACUUUGUUACGUAUUUCUUUGAAUUUUUCCCAGUGAAUCUGGGAAUUAUUUUUAACAGCCAUUUUCUUGUAAGAGUCCCUAACCCUCAUCAGAUUUUUGAUAUCAGGGGAAAUCCAAGGAAUCUGGCGCUGAGGACAAGGUUCCUGUCGCUGAGGACUAGGUUCCUGGCGCUGAGGACAAGGUUCCUGUCGCUGAGGACUAGACUCCUGCCGCUGAGUACAAUGUUCCUGUCGCUGAGGACAAGGUUCCUGCCGUUGAGGACAAGGUUCCUGGCGCUGAGGACAAGGUUACUGGUGCUGAGGACAAGAUUCCUGCCGCUGAGGACAAGGUUCCUGCCGCUGAGGACAAGGCUCCUGGAGUUGAGGACAAGGCUCCUGGCGCUGAAGAGAAGGCUCCUGGCGCUGAGGAAAAGGCUUUUGGCACUGAGAACAAGGUUCCUGCCGCUGCGGACAAGGUUCCUGUCGGUGAGCACAAGGUUCCUGGAGCUGAGGAGAAGGCUACUGGCACUGAGAACAAGGCUCCUGCUGCAGAGGAGAAGGUUCCUGGCGCUGCGGAAAAGGGUCCUGAUGCUGAGGAAAAGAGUUCGGGCGCUGAGGACAAGUCUCCUGGCGCUGAGAACAAGGCUCCUGGCGCGGAAGACAAGGUUCCUGUCGCAGAGGACUAGGCUCCUGCCGCUGAGUACAAGGUUCCUGUCGCUGAGGACAAGGUUUCUGUCGCCGAGGACAAGGUUCCUGGCGCUGACGACAAGGUUCCUGGCGCUGAGGACGAGGCUCCUGGCACUGAGGACAAGUUUUCUGUCGCUGAGGAGAAAGUUCCUGGCGCUGAGGACAAGGUUUCAGGCGGGUGAGGACAAGUUUUCUGCCGCUGAGGACAAGGGUCCUGGCGCUGAGGACAAGGUUCCUGGGUAUGAGGACAAGGUUUCUGGCGCUGAGGACAAGGUUACUGGCUAUGAGGACAAGGUUAAUGGUGCUGAGGACAAGGUUAAUGGUGCUGAGGACAAGAUUCCUGCCGCUGAGGACAAGGUUCCUGCCGCUGAGGACAAGGUUCCUGUCACUGAAGACAAGGCUCCUGUAGCUGAGGACAAGGGUCCUGGCGCUGAAGAAUAGGCUCCUGGCACUGAGGAAAAGGCUUUUGGCACUGAGGACAAGGUUCCUGCCGCUGAGGACAAGGUUCCUGGCACUGAGGAAAAAGGUCCGGGCGCAGUGGACAAGUGUCCUGGCGCUGUGGACAAGGUUCCUGGAGCUGAGGACAAGGUUCCUGGAGCUGAGAACAAGGUUCCAGUCGCUGAGGACAAGGUUCGUGGCGCUGAAGUCAAGGCUCCAGGCGCUGAGGACAAGGUUCCUAGCGCUGAAUUGAAUGUUCCUGGCGCUGAGGACAAGGUUCCUGUCGCUGAGGACUAGGUUCCUGGCGCUGAGGACAAGGUUGCUGUCGCAGAGGCUAGGCUCCUGCCGCUGAGUACAAAGCUCCUGCCGCUGAGGCCAAGAUUCCUGUCGCCAAGGACAAGGUUCCUGGCGCUGAGGACAAGGUUACUGGUGCUGAGGACAAGAUUCCUGCGGCUGAGGAAAAGUUUCCUGCCGCUGAGGACAAGGUUCCUGUCACUGACAACAAGGCUCCUGUAGCUGAAGACAAGGCUCCUGGCGCUGCAGAAAAGGUACCUGGCGCUGAGGAAAAGGCUUUUGCCACUGAGAACAAGGUUCCUGCCGCUGAGGCCAAGGUUCCUGUCGCUGAGGAAAAAGGUCCUGGCGCUGAGGACAAAGGUCCUGGCGCUGAGGACAAGGUUCCUGGAGCUGAGCACAAGGUUCCUGGCGCUGAGGACGAGGCUCCUGGCACUGACGACAAGUUUCCUGUCGCUGAGGAGAAAGUUCCUGGCGCUGAGGACAAGGUUUCAGGCGGGUGAGGACAAGGUUCCUGUCGCUGAGGACAAGGUUCCUGUCGCUGAGGACAAGGUUCCUGUCGCUUAGGACAAGGCUUCCGGAGUUGAGGACAGGCUCCUGGCGCUGAAGAGAAGGCUCCUGGAACUGAGGAAAAGGCUUUUGGCACUGAAAACAAGGUUCCAGCCGCUCAGGACAAGGUCGUGGCGCUGAGGAAAAAGGUCCUGGCGCUGAGGACGAGGUUCCUGGCGCUGAGGACAAUGUUUCUGGCGCUGACACCAAGGUUCCUGGCGCCGAGUACAAGGUUCCUGGCGCUGAGGACAAGGUUCCUGUCGCUGAGGACUAGGUUCCUGGCGCUGAGGACAAGGUUCCUGGCGCUGAGAUCUAGGCUCCUGCCGCUGAGUACAACGUUCCUGUCGCCGAGAACAAGGUUCCUGUCGCUGAGGACAAGGUUCCUGUCACUGACAACAAGGCUCCUGUAGCUGAGGACAAGGCUCCUGGCGCUGAAGAAAAGGUUCCUGGCGCUGAGGAAAAGGCUUUUGCCACUGAGAACAAGGUUCCUGCCGCUGAGGCCAAGGAACCUGUCGCUGAGGAAAAAGGUCCUGGCGCUGAGGACAAGGGUCCUGGCGCUGAGGACAAGGUUCCUGGAGCUGAGGACAAAGUUCCUGGUGCUGAGGACAAGGGUCGUGGCGCAGAGGACAAGGUUGCUGUCGCUGAGGACUAGGCUCCUGCCGCUGAGUACAAGGUUCCUGUCGCUGAGGACAAGGUUCCUGUCGCUGAGGACAAUGUUCCUGUCGCUGAGGACAAGGUUCCUGUCGCUGAGGACAAGGUUCCUGUCGCUUAGGACAAAACUUCCGGAGUUGAGGACAGGCUCCUGGCGCUGAAGAGAAGGCUCCUGGGGCUGAGGAAAAGGCUUUUGGCACUGAAAACAAGGUUCCAGCCGCUCAGAACAAGGUCGUGGCGCUGAGGAAAAAGGUACUGGCGCUGAGGACGAGGUUCCUGGCGCUGAGGACAAUGUUUCUGGCGCUGACACCAAGGUUCCUGGCGCCGAGUACAAGGUUCCUGGCGCUGAGGACAAGGUUCCUGUCGCUGAGGACUAGGUUCCUGGCGCUGAGGACAAGGUUCCUGUGGCUGAGAUCUAGGCUCCUGCCGCUGAGUACAACGUUCCUGUCGCCGAGAACAAGGUUCCUGUCGCUGAGGACAAGGUUCCUGUCACUGACGACAAGGCUCCUGUAGCUGAGGACAAGGCUCCUGGCGCUGAAGAAAAGGUUCCUGGCGCUGAGGAAAAGGCUUUUGCCACUGAGAACAAGGUUCCUGCCGCUGAGGCCAAGGAACCUGUCGCUGAGGAAAAAGGUCCUGGCGCUGAGGACAAGGGUCCUGGCGCUGAGGACAAGGUUCCUGGAGCUCAGGACAAGGUUCCUGGUGCUGAGGACAAGGGUCGUGGCGCAGAGGACAAGGUUGCUGUCGCUGAGGACUAGGCUCCUGCCGCUGAGUACAAGGUUCCUGUCGCUGAGGACAAGGUUCCUGUCGCUGAGGACAAUGUUCCUGUCGCUGAGGACAAUGUUCCUGUCGCUGAGGACAAGGUUCCUGUCGCUGAGGACAAGGCUCCCGGAGUUGAGGACAAGGCUCCUGGCGCUGAAGAGAAGGCUCCUGGGGCUGAGGAAAAGGAUUUUGGUAAUGAAAACAAGGUUCCUGCCGCUGAGGACAAGGUCGUGGCGCUGAGGAAAAAGGUCCUGGCGCUGAGGACGAGUUUCCUGGCGCUGAGAACAAGGUUUCUGGCGCUGAGACCAAGGUUCCUGGCGCCAAGUACAAGGUUCCUGGCGCUGAGGACAAGGUUCCUUUCGCUGAGGACUAG